AUGGAUGCGCGAUUGGUUAAAAAUAAAGCAUGCAUUGGGAUUUUCGUUAUAUUUACUGCCAAAAAGUUACCUUGGGUAAUCAAAGAUAAAGGUGAGUUUUGGACUGGUCAAUAUUUUCGUGGUACAAUCUUAGCUGAAAACGUAAUUCCAUUCUUAAAAAAUGAAGAAAAUGUUAUUGAUUCCAACCAAGUUAUAUUUGUUCAUAAUAAAGCAUCAUGUAUGCAAGCAAAUCAAACCCAACAUUUGCUUCGAAACAACGACGUCAAGUUUUGGGGUAAUGAUAUUUGGCCUGGAAAUUCACCCGAUCUGAACGUAGCGGAACAUAUUGGAACAAUAGUCAAGGAUGAAGUUGAGAAAAAAAUGUUAUCAGACAUUGAACAUUCUCGUUAUCUUGAAGAAACGCUCAUGAUGCACAUUUCUGAUGUUCUAACAAAUAUGGAAAAUGACAGUGAUUUUUUUUAA